AUGCCAGACCUGAGAGCAUUUUCUUCAUUGACACAACUGAACCUUUCGGCUAACAACUUUACAGGUUCCAUUCCUGUAAGUGUUGGCCAACUCGCCAAGCUUCAACUUCUAGAUCUUUCUCAUAAUUCUUUGGAAGGUUUAGUCUCAGAAUCCCACUUCAUCAAGCAUGAUAAGUUAAACACACUUGACUUAUCCUUCAAUUCAUUGAUCUUCGAUAUUCCCCUUGAUUGGAGCCAUCUUUACCAGUUGAAAACACUAUACUUAGCUAGGUGCAAUGUGGGUCCAUAUUUUCCGAAAUGGAUCCGGUUUCAAAGGAAUUUGUCAUUUCUUGAUCUUAGUGGUGCCAAUAUAGCAGAUGAAGCCCCAGAGUGGUUUUGGAAUUCGUUCUCUUUAUUACAGAACUUAUAUCUCUACGACAAUCAAAUAUGGGGUACAAUUCCGAAUCUAUCGUUCACCUCCAUCGAGUUCAUGGAUCUUAGUGUCAAUCAUUUUUCAGGUUCCAUACUAUUAUUUCCUGCCAAUGCAGAUCGUAUUUACUUGAGUGGAAAUAUGGUCAGUGGUUCAAUUUCAUCUAUUUGCAAAACUCACCUCAUCUCAGAUAAUCAGUUGUCAGGAUUUCUUCCCAACUGCAGGAGCAUAUUCCCAACUUGCACACUCCCCAUUUGGUUAACAACAGUUUUUUCGGGUGAAAUUCCCGCCUCUUUUGGCAAUUUACGAAACUUCGUUUCACUGCAUAUGCAUGGCAAUAAUUUAUCUGGUGAGUUGCCUUACAAUUUGAGACAUUGCCAGGAAUUGAGAUUCAUUGAUCUUGGAGGGAACAAUUUGAAUGGAGAGAUCCCGACUUGGAUUGGCCGGUUGUAUAACAUGCAAUAUCUAAUCCUUCGUGGAAAUAAAUUGCAUGGUAGUAUUCCUAUUGAGAUAUGUCAUCUUACUAAUAUUCAUGUUUUGGAUUUAUCCCUAAACAACCUGUCUUCGAUAAUACCUGGUUGCUUCAACAAUUUCACUACAUUGGCUAGUAAGAAUGCUUCAAAUCUCGAUAUACCUUGUUUUGGUUCGAUAUACUUUGGAAAUUUAUCCUUUCAUUGGAAAGGUCGUGAUUUAGAAUACAAGGGAAAUCUUGGGUUUCUUAAACUCAUUGAUUUUUCAAGCAAUGGAUUGAUAGGCAACAUUCCAAAAUCAUUUGCCCACUUGAGGGGAUUAAAAUCCUUGAAUCUAUCAAGAAAUAGUUUGUCUGAAUAUAUAAUUCCUAAUAUUGGUAAAAUGGAGAUGCUAGAUUCUCUUGAACUGUCAUCAUAA